CCUCCAUCUUCAACUUCAAGUGAGCAGUAGUACACAAACACUUACCAAAGAGCAGAAUGGCUGCGUCCGACGAGUCGCCGAUGGUGCGGCCGACGGUGCAGGAGCUGGCAUCGGCCGGCGUCGAGGAGCCGCCGCGGCAGUACGUGCUGCCGGAGCAAGACCGUCACGGCGACCUGCUGGCCGCCGACGAGUUUCCGGAGCCCAUCCCCCUCAUCGAUCUUAGCCGGCUCACGGACGCCGACGAGGCCGAGAGGCUCCGGGCGGCUCUGCAGACCUGGGGCUUCUUCCUGGCCACCAACCAUGGGAUCGAGGGCUCUCUCAUGGACGCCAUGAUGAGCGUGUCGAGGGAGUUCUUCCGGCAGCCGGCGGAGGAGAAGCAGAAAUGCAGCAACCUGGUGGACGGCAACGGCAAGGACUACCAGGUGGAAGGGUAUGGAAGUGACAAGGUGGUGUCCGAGGAUCAGGUCCUCAACUGGAGCGACCGGCUGCAUCUGAGAGUGGAGCCGGAAGACGAGAGGAAUUUCGCCAAGUGGCCCAGUCACCCGGAGUCUUUCAGGGAUGUGCUAAAAGAGUACGCAUCAAGAACCAAGGAAAUAAGAGACCUCGUCUUGCGAUCGAUAGCCAAGCUUCUGGAGAUUGACGAGGACUACUUCGUCAACCAAAUAUCAAACAAGGCUUCCGGGUUUGCUAGAUUCAACUACUACCCUCCAUGUCCGAGGCCUGACCUAGUUUUGGGCCUGGCUCACUCCGACGGUGGUCUCCUUACCAUCCUUUUCAACGAUGACACCGUCGGUGGCCUGCAAGUUCAGAGAGAUGGGAGAUGGUACAACGUUUCAGCCAAGCCUCACACAUUGCUGAUUAACCUAGCAGACUGCCUAGAAAUAAUGAACAAUGGAAUCUUUACAAGCCCAAUUCACAGAGUGGUGACAAACAUCAAGAAGGAUAGGCUUUCCUUGGCUGUGUUUUACGCUGUGGAUGCAGAAACGAUGCUAGAGCCAGCGCCCGGUUUGCUGGAUGACAAGCGACCGCCAAGAUAUAGGAAAAUGUUGGCCAAGGAUUUCGUGGCUGGGCUCUUUGAACAUUUCCGUCAAGGGAAGAGGUUCAUCAACACCCUGAAAAUUUAGGUUCACUGUUUAUUGUGGAGCUGUAGUAGUGAUUGCCUAUGAAGAAUAAAGAGAUGGUUUUAUUUGUUGUAUGAAUGGGGGGUUUUGUCUAGCAUCUCCUUUCUUAUAAGUGACUCAGUUCCAA